UUCACACAGCAAGAAGCCAAGGACCCACCGAGGCUGUCACUUGGAAGAGGUCAUUGUUGUUGCAUCCAGCAUCCCAGCCUGACUGCCUAGACAGGUCCCGCAGGUUGCUGAAUGGCAGAGAUGCAGGCUGCUCCACAGCAAGAUCAGCGUUCGACCGUUUCUCUAGGGGCAAGCGACACCUCCUGGUGGGGGACUUCAAAUCUGCUGUCGCUGCCUUCGAGGUGUGUCUGUUGCUUAGGAGGCAACAGAGUCCCUGGUGGAGCUGUGUGGGGAGCAGGCGCCCGAGUGUGGUGACGCGUACUGCCGCUGUGGCCGUGCAUUGCUGGAGCUGGCACGCAAGGAGGCAGGGGUGCUGGGGCCAGAUCUGGAUGGUGCCAGUAGUCAGGAGGGAAGCACAGGGGAAGAGGAGGACGAGGAGGAAGAGAGUUAAGAGUCACAAGAGGAGGAGGAAGGUGGAAAGAAAGAGGAAGGAGAGGAGGAGGAGGAGGAGGAGGAAGAUGGAGAAGGAAAGGAGAAAGAUAAGAAGGAAGGAAAUGCUGCAGAAGGAGAAGAUAGAAAUCAAAAACGUCACAAGACAGAAUAGUGAGCUGCAUGCACUUAUCACAGAGUAUAAAGUCACUCCCUCAGAGGAAAAAGACAAGGAUGGCAUGUCUUCAUGUGAGAACUCAGAAGCUAAAUGUACAGAUACCAAGGGGAAAUUGCUGGGUCAAGUGGCUACACUGACAUCUGAGGUUAGCAGGUUGGAGAGUGAGUGCAGCAGUCUUCAGGUUCAGCUAGACUGUGAGAGGGAUAAGUAUAACAAACUGCUGGGAGAAUCUCUUGCUCAUGAAAAGUUGUCUGAAGAUGUCAUAACUGAACCAAAAGGAGAAACAACAGGAUUGGGAGGAACUGAGCUUUAACAGAAGCUGCAACAACUGCAGGAGGCUCACAGGGUCCUGGAGAGCAGGUUAACUUGCAGCAUGAAGGAGGUGGCUGAGCUAAGUGACAGGAAGUAGCAGCUUAAGCAUGCUGUAGUGCAUGAGGAGACAGAGUCCAUCGGUGUAUGCAUGUUUUUUGCUCAUUUGAAUCAUCUGUAAAAGUGAAGUGGAGGAAGUGUUUACUGUUUACUGUAUGCCAUUUCCUUGGUCUUUUAAUGAAGAAUUUUAUCCUUCUUCAGGUGACUACAUCACCAUCUACCAGUUGCAGCGAGGAGUGAUGAAGCAACAAGCUCGAGAACGCGAGUUAGACCUUGCAGCCUCCAUCAUGAAUGAGAGGAAAUGAAGCAAAACCACUCUGCAGGAUUUGAUAUCAAAGCUGGUGCAGGAAAAGGAAGCAGAUCAUGACCUUCAGCAGCUCGAGAAGAUAAGCAGCGUCCUUAAGAGUCCAGUUGCUAUCUUUAGCAGUGUUGGAACCAGUGAGUCUGAGACACCCACCACCAGUGGAAAGGUGGCUGACGAGCGCCUCAAGCACUCUGAAAAGGUGGAGCAACAACAAGAAACAGAAAAUUGCAUCCAUCAUUCUUUGCCUGAGGAGGGAAUUGAUGCUCUGUUGACCCUUCACACUGAUGUCCCUCAUGAGGAGGGGAGAAUAUGAAUCCUACAGAACUUGCCCAUAGGAAGACCAAAACUGUUACUGCUGCCACACUGCCACCACUUCCACUGACACCAAAAGCCCAACUGUGCAGAGAAUCCUGGACCUCCGCAAUGAAAUGGAGUCCACCAGUCACCUGGAGCACUUUAGCCUCCAAAAGUUCCAUCCGUGUCCAUUGUGUUUGGGUAAACUUAUCACUGUAUAAGGGGACAAGUAUCAGUGUAUGGUUACUAUAUACUCAUUUGUACUUAAAGAUGUCAUGUCACAUCAUUCUCUCUCUCUCUCUCUCUCUCUCUCUCUCUCUCUCUCUCUCUCUCUCUCUCUCUCUCUCUCUCUCUCUCUCUCUCUCUCUCUCUCUCUCUCUCUCUCUCUCUCCUCUCUCUCUCUCUCCUCUCUCUCUCUCUCUCUCCUCUCUCUCUCUCUCUCUCUCUCUCUCUCUCUCUCUCUCUCUCUCUCUCUCUCUCUCUCUCUCUUCUGUCUUUCUUUCUUUCUUUCUUUCUUGCUUUCUUUUGUUGCAUAUGUUACUGCUUUACAUUCCUCCCCACAGUAUUUUUUCAUCUACUUUAUGACUGCAGUAGUUUUAUCAUCCCAGUGUAUGCUGUAUCCACUCUGAAACUGUAAUUCACCAAUCAGCUCAAAUGUGUCUCUGUUUUGAUAAUCAUUAAUUUGUUUCAGCUACACAACCACUCUGAUAAGGGACAAAAUCUACUUCACCAGUCAUCUAUGUCAUACAGUCAUAUAUAUUCAUACAUAUGACAAAAUACUCUUCCUAAGACAUUUCUUAUUUUCUCUUCUCAAGUGACCUGUCCAUCUAUCUAAGGUACCACAUAACAUUUAAAACUUACAAUAUUGUGUUUAAUUCAUGAACACUUUUUUGUCUAUCUAUGGAGACUUGCGUAUAGACUUGAAAUGUAUUGGGAGUUUUCUUUAUCUCUCAUUCUAUACCUAACACCUGUUCCUAAGAAUCCCCAGGUGAUAGCCAUGGUGACUGGCUGGUCUCCUACUGAGUGGCUGGGGUUUUCCAAAAGUGAGGGUUGGUGUUCCAUACCAUACCAUGUGCCCUGUUUGUAUUCCUUCUUUGUCCUCUGUAUUAUAUUCUAUGUAAAGAUGGUGCUGGGGUGGGAUCUACUUCUUAUUCCCUAAAAGUGAUGAGGAGUGACACUGGGCAGCAUUGAUUUGCUCCUUAGAGAUGGCUGGGUUCCUGUGGAUGAGUGGGCCAUGCUGUGCUUUGUCAAGGAUGGUGUUUGGUAUUGUGAUGACUCUUGCCACAAUCAAGUGCCUCCCACAGAGUAGUGGAGUACCUAUGUAUGGUGUUGACCCAAGCUGUCCAGGUCUCAUCCAAUGCCUUAAUAUGAUUUAGAUGAUCAAAAUGGUUUAACUCACCAUUUAAUCAGCUGACUGAUUUGAAUGGAGAAGUAUGUAAUGUGUUGUAGCCUAACCAUCCCUGCCAGCAUGGUCAGAUUCUUGGUAGUAACCUGAAAUGCUCCUAGGUAGUGAGUAUCAUUGCACAUAAUGAUCUUUACUUUGUCAGUAAUUCAAUGAUACUGAAUAUUACUCUACUGGAUUUUGCUCAGCACUGCUUGGUAACUUUUGGCCAUAAUCCCAGGUCUGGAAUGAUAUGAAGCCAUGUUUUUACAUUCCAUAUGAGACAGGCAAGCACUAUGCUUUGCCUGACUGAUACCUGUACUUUACAUUUAUGACCCCAGGUAGUUCAUCACUCUCUCUCUCUCUCUCUCUCUCUCUCUCUCUCUCUCUCUCUCUGUUUGGAAUUAUACUGUAUAUUAGGAAAUAUCAUUAAAGAGUGUGUGUGUAAAAAGUGUUUGCAUUAUUGUGCAUUUGAUGUUAUAGCCCCAGGUUCUUAAAGUUUUCUAGUUUCAUGAUUUAUAAAGAUUGCUAUUUUUAAUAAAGUUAUUGAAAUUGUUA